AUGAGUGAAAAAAUUCUAUUAGCGUUUGAUUUUGAUCAUACCAUCAUAGAUGACAAUAGUGAUAUUCACAUUAUUAACUUAGCACCCAAUGGGAAAUUACCUCAAGCUAUUAAAGAUCAAUAUGAUGACGAUGGUUGGACAGAAUAUAUGGGAACUAUAUUUGAGUAUCUCCAUGAAAAUGGUGUCCAAGAGGAAAAUAUCAAGCAAAAUAUGGCAGAAAUCAAGUUAACAGAGGGAAUGGAAAAAUUGUUAGAUUUAGCCAAGGGAGAUAAAUACGAUUCAAUCAUAAUUUCAGAUUCAAAUUCCCAUUUUAUUGAGUGUAUUUUAGAAAAUUUUAAACUUUCUUCAGUAUUUUCUAAAGUUUUUACCAACCCUGCCUCAUUUGAUGAUAAAGGGUGUUUAAAAAUAAAAUUUUAUCAUAAACAGGAUUACUGUUCUUUAAGUACCAUUAAUUUAUGCAAGGGACGAAUUCUCCAAGAUUUUAUCAAAGACAGAAAAAGUAAUGGUGUUGAAUAUUCACAGGUUGUAUAUGUUGGUGAUGGAUCAAAUGAUCUCUGUCCAGGUCUGACUCUGGGAGCUCAGGAUUAUCUCUGUGCCAGGAAGGGAUUCUCUUUAUGGAAAAAGCUAAACAAGGCCAAGAAGAGUAAGACCAAGGAUGAAUUUGUUCAUUCUCUAAAAGCUCAAGUCUUUGAAUGGCAGAGUGGAGAAGAAAUCAAAGAUCUUUUAGAAAAACUGUGA